GCUCUUUACUUUUCCCCUCAAGAUCCUUGUUAACACGCCCCGCGUCAUUAUCCCUUGCGAACCUGGCAACGUUAAUAAACAACCUGUAACUUCCGAUCCAGACAUUUCUCAUCUGUUUCUCUAGCUCUGUCGCAUCCUUCACCCCUAAGAAACUUGCAAAGCCGAAACGGUAUCCGUUUUUAUCUCUUUUCUUCGCAAUAUAAACCCCCUGAAUAGACCCGAAUGUACCUAAAGCUUCCUCGACGUCCUUAGAGCUGCACUUCUCUGGUAGCCUUGACACAAAAAACUUCGUAGAAACACCGUUCCGCCGGCCGUCCAUGUCUGCCGGGAGAGGAGAGGGCUGACGCUUUAUUAGGUGGACCAAAUCACCCGACAGAUCCGUAAACAUAAGUUGCAGAUUUAUCAAGAUUUGAUCAAAUUCAAAGAUUCGAUGCUCUCUUUGUUUCCACCGUUUUCCAGAAACAUCACCAUGUUGGUCUAUCAAGAUUUGAUUACUGAUCUGAUUUCGGACUCCGAUAACUCGUCAAACAAAAGAGAUUAACUCGGAUUGUUCGUCUACCAAAACAGUUAUGGAUUCUAAAAACAACGCUCCUUCGUUUUUAAAGUUGAUUGAUGAAGAUGAUCUUAUAUUGUUGGUAUGUUUCUUUGGUUUUCAUUUUUUCAACAGACAAUAAUUUAUUUAAGCUUUUAUUUUUUUUGUUUCGAUUCAUAUGAAAUACCUUAUGAAAACAAGAGCCGAGAAGUCUGGUGAUGGUUACAGGUAUGGUUUUACCAAGUGGUCAUCUUUCUUGAAAUGAAAUCACAUCCGGUUCGGCGCCACUUAUUAGUUGAUUUUAUCGUUUCUGUUCGUUUUUUUUUUUCAAAAAUUAAUAAUAUAUGUUCUGAAUGAUUUAUGGUUUUUUCUCAUGGUAAACCCUCAAUCUUUUGUGACAAUCGAACUCGGAGUGUUCGUCAACCAAAACAGUCGAAACACAAGGAGAAGCCACAGACUACCGAAAGUCAUGUUGAAGAAGGUGUUGCUGGGGAUAGUGUUGGUGACUUUCAACUUCCAAAUUUUGAGUCUAUAUUUAAUGAUACUGACGACUACAAGUUUGAUCGACAUAGCUGCUCUAAUUGAGAUGGAAGAUGCUAAGAAGCUGUUCAAUGAUUGUUGGAAUACAAAGAAUGAUACUUUGAAAGAGACUCCGUCUGCUACCUCUCAAUGUCAUUUGGACACGAAAGAGAAGUCAAAGGUUGUCUGUGGUGAUGAAACUGUUUAUCCAAAGGUCAAAAGCAAGUUUGAUAUGGAUCUCGAUAAGUUCUUGAUACCAAAGAAUAAAUUUCGUUUACACGAGUUGUCCAAGAAUUCUCAUAUCGCCUAUCGUACGCGUUUAAACGUUUCGAGGAAAAAUUUCAUCUAUCUCAAACCAAUAAGGAAACAAUACAUAUAUAGAUUUUGGGAAUAUUUAUAUCGUUUUUUUCAAAAAAAAAAAAAAAAAAAAAAAGGUGUUAAACAGUAUUUGAACUUAUGUUGUUAUAUAAUAUAAAAGUAUCAUACUUAA